UGUCCAGUGACAGUGAAUAAGUUCAACCCUCAGGUUGUCAAACCUGGGAUUUCUCAAGACUUUACUGUCCAAGAAUACUGUUCAAAAACAUAUUUUUUAAGAGAAUUCUACAAUUUCUUUUCCUAUUUUUGACGAGACUAUUUUGAGCCUAAAUUGGAAAAACAUGGGGAACAGCUGUGAGACUCCGUAGCUCCGACCAGCCCCUCACCUGGCGUCCCCGUCUGUCCCUCCCUGCGAUGCCCGAAAAGGUCCACAGCCACAAAUCCGCCAUGAAAACUCCAGCGUCUUCAGACAAACCCAACGCUAACUCUGCCUCCAACCAGGACCGCCAUGUCACAGUCAGCAUCCCAUUGGUCAAUGAAGUCCAGCUCACGGCGGCGACGGGAGGGACGGAGCUUUCGUGCUACCGCUGUACCAUUCCAUUUGGCGUUGUGGUGCUAAUCGCCGGAAUCGUAGUCACCGCGGUUGCCUAUAGUUUCAACUCACAUGGAUCUACAAUCUCCUACUUUGGUCUGGUUUUGCUUUCCACCGGAUUGGUGCUGCUAGCAUCCAGCGCCAUCUGCUGGAAGGUCAGGAUGGAGCGGAAGAAGGAGAGGAGGCGGGAGAGUCAGACCGCACUAGUGACCAAUCAUAGAAGCAUUUUUUCAUGAACAAAUUUGGAGAGAAUUGACACGAAAAUGGUUGUUUGUGAAGACUUUGAGACAUGCUAGGGACUGGAAGCAAAGUUGUUGAACUGGUGAACCCUAAUGGAGACAGUAUGUUAAAGUGCACUGUGUAACUUUUCUGGUGUCUGAAACCUUUGUUUUUACUCUGCUUGUAAUGUUCCACAGUAUCAUCACCAGACCAAGUAUAUUGCAGC